AUGGCCGAGGACCUCGCCGACAGAGUUUUUAGUGAAUACGUGAUCAAGAAAGAAAUCGUCGACGAAGAGACUCUGGCAAGUAAUUCAAGUACGGUUACCCACAGUACCAGUGAGUUCACCAGUGAUGCUUCUGUGAACAAGAAAAAACAGUUAGCGAAUGGGCAUUGCGUCCAGCAUUGUGAAAAUGACACUCCAAGAAACGAGCUCAAUUUUGAGUUCAUCGAUAGACAGACAAAUAAUAAUAACCUCAAGGAUUCUGCAUGUAAAAAUACAAGAAGCCACUCUGUUCCGUUCUCGAAAAAUGGAAAGAAAGUGCCCAACGGAAAUGAGGAAAGAAUGGUACCUGCCAAAUGGUCCAAAUUCAAGCCAGUUCUAAAUCGGAUUCGCAAUUCAGAUUCGUUAAGAGCGCAAAAGAAAACAAGAGAACAAUCCCCGUGCCAUAUAUCUAGUCGGAGAAGACGGAAGCUCCUCCCCUGGUACUCCUAUACAGUUAUGCUACUUAUUUACAUCGCCUAUUUAUUUCUUGGUGCAGUUGUUUUCAGUUUUCUAGAGUCUAAAGCAGAAGAGGCUAAGUGCAAGGAGGCAAAGCGGCAAGUGAGUGUUCAGAAGUCGGAUUUUUCGAAGAAAUACUUCUACAUCUUCGGCCUUAAUUUCAAGUUCUGCAAGGGGAUACAAAUGUACAAAGCAAAUAGUGAUCCUGCUCAACUGGCUUUGGAUGCUUCAUAUUGCAAGUCGCCAACAACUAAAAAGUAUUUCGACAAAUGGCUCUCAUCGAACUGCUCGAAGCCGGCGGAAACGAAGAUUUGGAACGAGAUUCAAGGCAAGAACGAGACGUUCAUGAAGCGAUACAUCGAGAUUUGGAAAAGCAUUUCAAAAACCGUUCUAGCUGACUCAUUCAACGAUGAAAUACUCGUUGUUUCUGGUGCAACGAUCAAAUCAGUUCUCCAGUUACCCAUUUCUGCUAUUCGGAAUUUCGCGUUUACACCAGCAAAGCGAACCGCCCAAUUUGGCAUCAACAAUUUCCUCGCGCUUCAAAACGACUGUACACAUAAUUGGAAUUUUCACAACUCAUUUUUCUUUGCUGGAACAGUGGCAACGACAAUCGGCUAUGGAUCCAUCACGCCAGUAACCGAGGAGGGCAAGCUGUUUUGCAUCGUAUUUACCAUCAUUGGCAUACCCUACUUUGCCUACAUGAUUGGCUCGCUGGCUGAUCUCAUAGGUUCUGCAAUCGACAAGUUCAAGAAGUCCCUCAAGCUCCCCUCGAAAGUCAUAACUUACGGCUACCUGAUAUCAGGCACAAUGCUGAUGAUUGUUAUUCCCGCCAAAAUCUUUCAAUUUGUUGAGGGAUGGACUUUUCUCGACGCAAUUUAUUUCAUAAUCAUUUCACUGACGACGAUCGGGUUCGGCGAUUUUUUGCCCCGAAAUGAUCCGCCGGAUGAAGAUGCAAAACGCAUAAGAAAUGAAACAGCUUGCCUCUAUGAAUUAAUCAACCCAGUUCCUUCCAAAGAUGUCAACAAGAAUACUGGGCUGAGUAAACUUUGUGAUCCGUCAGAUUGGCCCGUCAUGAUCCAAGCCUAUUACAGCAUCUACAGAAUGUCUGUGUUCUUCUGGAUUCUCAUGGGGCUAACUUGGAUCGGUGGCGUCAUUUCAAUGAUUUCUGACAAUUUUCAGAAUUCAUUUGAUGCCGUUAAGGAGGGUACGGACGCCUGCAAUAUUCAGAAAUGCAAUGAGACUUUAUCGUUGUUGAAUCGACUCGAUGCAAAGUUUUGCAAAGCCAACAAGAAGUCUCGGCGAGUAUCCAAUGCGCAAAAUCACUACCAGCGAUUUACUUACUCUAGUCCGACACGUUUUCCUCGGGUCAAGCACAACCGCAUUCGACUCAUCCCCGAAGCUCGUCCUCGAAAUCUCUCCAUUGUAUUGAACAAUCUGUCACAGAGCUGA